UCCCUCUUUCGAAACCAAAAUUUCUGUAACGACUUAUCACACCCGUAUUCUUAUUAUUCCUUCCUUCACACACUUCCCUUGUGUUCUACCACCGGAGACCUUUUUCACUCGCCGGAAACUUCUCAUUACCGGCGUUUGCAUGACACUCUCACGAUCCUAACUAACAACGGCAACUUUCUCUCUUUAUUCAUGAAAUUUUCGUACAAUAUUCAACAGAGCUCGAGAUACAUGCAAAGCAAGCUGGUAGCAUGGAGAAUGCAGAGAACAAUGUUGAUUCUACAAAUUCCAAAUUUGUAGAAUUCUGGGUUCCUGUUCCGAUUUCAAACGUGCAGCUUGAACAGUAUUGUGCUACUCUACUUUCUAAUGAUACGGCUCUUCAUACAAACUCAAGAAGUGAUACUCUCGGGGCUCUUAAGGACCUUUUUGUUACCAUCCGAAAGUGUUGUAAUCACCCCUACACGGUGGAUCUUAAAGUUGAACAAUCACUUAUAAAGGAUAAGGACCCAAGUAUGGCAGUAGAUGUUGGCGUGGAAGCAAGUGGCAAACUACGGUUUCUUGACCGCGUACUACCUGAAAUCCAAAAACAGCAAUGGAAAGUGCUUAUCCUUUUUCAGCCUACAAGUGGUGUCUCAAGCGGUAAUCCUUCACUUGGAAAUUUAUUAGUUGAGUUUGUCAUUCAAAGAUUUGGUGAAAACUCAUACGAACAUGUGGAUGGGGUUCCAACCAUCUCCUCGAAGAAGCAAGCUGCAAUAAACAUGUUCAAUAAAGAUAUGACAAAAUUUAUUUUCUUACUAGAAUCUCGUGUGUUUCCUCAGAGCAUUAAGUUAUCAUCAGUGGAUGCUAUUAUCAUAUUCGACAGCGAAUUAAAUCCCUCAAAUGAUUUGAAGUCAUUGCAAAAGUUAUCUAUCGGUUCACAGUCGGAACAAAUCAUGGUGUUCCGAUUAUACUCUUUAUCCACUGUAGAAGAGAAAAUUCUUAAACUUGCAGAGAUCAAUGUGGUUCUAGAUGUCAAGUCACAAAGUUUAAGGAGUAAUUAUGAUGCUUUACUCGUGUGGGGGGCCUCUGACUUAUUUGACAAGUUGACCAAGUUUCAUAGUCAAACUGUUGUAAAUAUUUCAUCUGAAGAAUCUUUUCUAAAGGAUGUAGUGGAGGAUUUUUUAUAUAUACUCUCUCACAAAUGUAAAAGCAAUGAUACAACAUCGAAAUCGAUCAUCACCCGAGUUCAAAAUACCCUGUUACAUGCUGAGGUAAAAACACAUUUACCUGAUGGAGAUCAGCAGUAUAUAUUUUGGAAAAAAACUAUUGGAGGGACAGUGUCCAGCAUGGAAAUUUGUAUCUCAAUCGACCCCGCAGCGUCAAAGAAAAAGACCUAAUUAUCUUUUGGAGGGAGAAAGUGAUGUGGAUGGUGGUGGUGUAAAGACACGUAGGAAAAUUGUAAAUAAUGAACCUGCUCAGUUGAAGACUGUAACUGGAGGAGUAAAUGAGGGGGUUUCGGCAGCAACUAACAAGUCUCAGUCAUUGUCUGGCGAUCAGUUUUCAUUAACAAGUAUGCUUGAUCAUUUGAAGCCCACUGUAUCUGAGCUUUGCAACAUUCUCAAGUUUUCGGAGGAUGUGAAGAUCAUAGUGGAUAGAUUUCUUGAAUAUGUCCUUGAAAAUUUUACUGUCGGCAAAGAACAUACAAGUCUAUUACAGGCUCUCAUGAUAUCACUGUGUUGGAUUGGUUCUUCUCUAGCGAAAAAUAAAAUCGAUAGGAGUGAGUCCUUUGCUCUUGCAAAGAAGCACUUCGAAUUCAGCUGCACGGAAGAAGAAACAGAAUCGGUGUACAAUAAGCUGAAACUAGUAAAAGACAAAUACUUAAACCAUGUGCUACCAUAUGUUGAGUCUGCUGAGGUGGCAAAACCAGCUGUGAAAGAAGAGAAUGCUGAAGAUAGCAUUAUACUACCUGCUGCGUUGCAUGCUAAUGAAGACCAUAAUGUUUCUUUUUGUUCCGAUAGUGGUAAUCCAGUGUGUGCAGCCAUAUCACAGGACAAAACACCAUCUGUUCAUGAAAUAAAAAGUGAGCCUCUUCAACUUGAACAACUUCCAGACAGUGGGAUUCAAGAUGAAGAAAUUAACGUUUGUAAUCUGCAACCAUCAGGUGCCAGUCAACUUGAUCAAAUCAUUCCAGACGAUGAACCGGAUUUCCCGUCAUCUACUGAUCCAACAGUUGCUGAAAAUCCAUCUGACACACUUCCACCAAGCGAGCCAUUACUUGAACCCACUGUGGAAGAUAACGUAACGAAGUUCUAUCAAGAAUUGAAACAAAGGCUGAAAGCUGAUUGUGAGAAGGAGAUAGAUGAAGUUGUUGCACAAAUACGACUCAAGUAUGAAGCUAAACAUCAAGAAGCAGAUGCGGCUUACAACUCAAAAAAGAUGGAACUUGUGACCAAUAUUCAUAGAGUCCCCAUGAACAAAGGAUUGGCUGACGCUUUCAGGUCGAAGUGUCAAGAUCUUACCCCUUCUAUGCAUCCAGUAUCUCAGGUUACUCCAACCACACCUACCACUAGCAGGCCGCCACCGCCACCUGGCUUUAACAUGAGUAAACUCUUAGCCUUGCAUAGUGAGGAGGAUGAUCCUGAUUAUAUGGUAGAAGAAGAUAAUCCUAUGGAGGAUGUACAACUGGAUGAUGAUCCUGAUUAUAUAGUAGAAGAAGAUAAUUCUGUGGAGGAUGUAGAAAUGGACAUGAGCCAUGUUAAGGCCUUUGUUGAUCAUGGUAUAGAAGAAGUUGAUGAGCAUAUUGAUCAGCAUAAUGAUGAUUUACAGGAUGACACUAAUGUUGAUAUCGACAACUUUGACAGCCAUAGUGAGAACGAUGACGGUGAUUUUACGGUGUUAAAAAAGGUUGCAAAAAGAAUUAGAAAGCAGAAAAGAAAAAGUCCAAGUACUGACUCAUAUAAUCCCUUUUAUAUUGGGCAGUUAAUAGAAGAUAAGGAGAAGUUGCAUGAGAUGGUUAAAAACUAUGCACUUACUUCAAGAAGAGAAGUUUUCAUUGCUAAAAAUGAACCUUUAAGGUAUAGGGUAGUUUGUAUGGGUACAAAUCCUACAUUGAUAGGUGUUGAAUGUUUACAAGGGCAAAGUUCUCAUACCAGCACGGGUCAGAGUAAAAAACCGAAAAAACUUUGUAAAAGGAAAACCAAACCCACUUGCCCUUGGGCUAUUCACAUCUCUAGACGAACAAUCCUAGAUUCGUGGUGUGUUAAAACAAUUUGUCAUCAACACCAAUGCCUCCAAACUAUAGAACCUGGUCUGUACACUAUGAGUUCCAUAGCCAAAGAGAUUGAACCAAUUAUUGAAAGCAAUCCAGAAAUACCCUUACGUGCUCUUCAAGAUGUAAUCCAAAAAAAACAUCAGGUACAGGUUUCACUUUCGAAAGUUUUUAGAGCUAAAAUGAUUGUUACAAAAAAGUUGGUUGGUGAUUAUAGAGAUCAGUACGGUAUGCUAACAACUUAUUGUGAAGAACUGUUAAGGGCUAAUCCAGGUAGCACCAUCAAAAUAGAUGUGGAGCCAUCGUCUAACCCUAGUAGUAAUACUAGGCAAUUUAGAAGAGUAUACAUAUGUUAUGCUGCCAUGAAGAGAGGUUUUAAGAUAUGUGGGAGAGAAAUUCUUGGAUUAGAUGGUUGUUUUAUGAAUGGGCAAGGGCAAUAUCCAGGUCAGAUCUUGAGUGCUGUGGGUGUUGAUGGUAACAAUUGUAUCUAUCCAUUUGCUUCUGCUCUUGUGGAAGCUGAAACUUAUGAGAGUUGGUCAUGGUUCUUAGAUUCCCUCCAGAAUGAUCUUGACUUAACAUGCAAUUCUAAUUUCACUUUUAUUAGCGACCGUCAAAAUGGUGUUAUUCCAGCAAUGAAGAGAGUGUUUCCUAAUGCUGAGCAUAGAUAUUGUCUUAGACAUAUACACGAGAAUAUAAAGAAGCAAUGGUGUGGAGAUGUGUUUAAAAACUUGUUAUGGAAAGCAGCUUCCGUUACUACUCUGGCUUACUUUAACAAUGCUAUGCAAGACAUAAGGGAUAAAGACCCAACCUUACAUGAUUGGCUACUUCAGAUGCCACCCCAAACCUGGUCAAGAUCUCAUUUUACAAGUAGUGCACAAUGUGAUAUUUUAUUGAACAACAUUUGUGAGGAGUUUAAUGAACAAUUAAUUGGAGCUACAGACAAGCCUGUGAUCACAUGUUUGGAAUAUAUCAGGGAAUACAUGACAAGAAGGAUUGUUAAUGUGAAGAAGGCCUAGGAAAAAUCAAAUGGUCCAUUAACACCAUAUGCUGAAGGGGUCUUCAAUGACAUUAAAGAAGCAGCGUCACAUAUGAAUGUUCUCAUGGUGGAUUCUUCAAAAUAUCAGGUGAGUGGUUUAAGGUCUCAAUGUGUGGUGAAUGUGGAUUUGAAAACAUGCUCAUGCAGAAAGUGGGAUUUAACUGGGAUGCCGUGUAAACAUGCAGUAGCUGUAAUUUCGGACAUGUCUAGAAAUGGGCCUGAUAUGUGGACUCCGUCAGAGUGUCCCACAACACUCGUUCCACCUAAACAUCAUAAGCAGGUGGAAAGGCCAAAGAAAAUGAGGAGAAAGUCUAUUGAGGAGGUUCAAGAAUCAUUUGACAAAAGGGGUAAAAUGACAAGGAAGGGGAGCACCACAACAUGUAGAAAAUGUGGGAAUAAGGGGCACAAUUGUAGAAGCUGCAAGGGUCAAGGUGAGUCUCAAGGUUGUUUAGCAGUUGCAGCACAAGAACCUGUUUCACAAAAUGCAACACAAGAUGUACCACAGGCUACUCAAGAAUGAUGUAAAGGAUGUUAACACUUUGUUUGGCUUUCUGUUUGAAGGUUGUUUAUGGUUUUUAAGACAUUGUAUGGGUUUAUGUUUGACUUAAGUUAAGGCAUGUUUGAUUUA